AUGGGAGCAUUGGCUCUCUUCAAUUUUGUGUCAUUGAUCUACAUCAUCGGUUUUCUGUACGCCUGCCUUGUUGGUGUUGAGGAGGUAUUCAUCCAGCACGACAUUGGCAACCAGACGACGAGCCUCUCGCAGGCAACGAGCAUCUGCUCGGAGGAGGUGGCACUUGCACAGACAGGGAGUGAUUCAGCUUUCGCAAAAGCAACUGAGCAGGAUCUUUGUUGUUCUCCAGGGGCAUCACUCAAGAGACUUCAAUUUCCUACGCACCAUCGUUGCUACGAUGGCGACUUCGAAUCGACCUCCGUGGAAAUGCAGUGUUUGCAAACAACUUCGCAAGCACAGUGCGAUGUAUUGCAACACAUGUCACCAGCCGUGGCAAAAUGUGAUCGAUCAUUCCUUUGUGCACGGUCAAAAGCAGCCGCAGCAACAGGAACAGACUCAUCAAUACCAGACCCCAUGGCAAGGACAACAAGAUUGGCAAGCCCAUUGGAAUUCUACAUCUGCUCGCGGCAGAACUCCUUCACCGCGACAGAGACAGAGACCACGCAGUGCCAAGGGCAACAAAACACCGAAGAAUACACAGCAAGCAAUGACACAGCCGACACCGCCCAUGAUGAUGCCGGCUAUGCCAAAUCCAUACAUGGGUCCAGUUCCACAAAUGCCCAUGAUGUAUUCUCAGCAGCCAAUGAUGUUUCCAAUGCAAGGAGCCCUACCUCCCUUGCCGCCACCGGAUGUUCCUUGGCAACCAUCGACCGCAACACAGAACAUGGCCAAAAUGCCAGCGCCUGUGCCCACAUCUUUGGGUAUGCCAUCGCCAUCGACUAUGCCAACGAUGCCAGCACCAGCCAUGCCGAAGAUGCCGGCGGGAGCAACGCCAUCAGUGGCAGAGACCGACGAGGAGGUGAGGGGACUUAUGUCCAUGAUGAGAGGCAGACAAGCAGAACUGCCGGAAGACAUGCAGAAGAAGGUGCAAAAAGUCUUGACAAAGUAUGGACAACAGGCCUCCACGGACCUCCAUGCUGCUGUGACGGCCCUGGACACUGCCCGCAACAACUACGACGAGGCUGUGCUUGCCAGGAGUCAACAUCAUGCGAUGUGGAAAAAUUCCUAUCCGAUGCAGUUCAAUUAUGGCAAACCUAUGCGGCUCAAUUUGUGGAUCAAGAACGGAAACUCCAGGAACAAGUGAGUCUUCACAAAGAAUCCCUCAUUGCUGCCAAGCAGGACUUGGAGAAAUCCAAGGUUGCCAAACUAGGAGCUGGAGAUGUACAACACAUCGCAUCGGACGAGGAGGCAGAGGACCAAGAUGCCAACACCUCGAGCAAUGCGGCGACCAAGAUCACGGAGACAACGCAAGGACUUGCCAAAUCCUUGCAAUCCCUCCAUCAGGAGGCAGAGGCCAUGGUCGCAGAAGAAGCACAUGCUGCCAAAAGGCAAAAGAUGAUGCCACCAAAAGACGAAGACCAGCCCAUGAACGCAGGCUGGCUGAGCAUGACCCUUGGGUAUGCCAGUCGGGAGCCUUCAUGGCAGGACAUCACCUUUAUGCAUGAUGUCAAUGUGCUCAAAUGGUCACACAGCAUUGUGAAUGAGGAAAACUUUAUCAACGAAUGGGCUGCCAUCGAAAAUGCACGUUCCCUAGCAUUUGACCUUGGCACCUACAAUGGAAUCUUCCCACUUGACAUGAGGCUGAGUACUGUUUCCGCCAAAGCCAUAUCAUCACACAGGAGAUUGGGUUUUGCUCCUGACGUUGACGUUCUGAUUGGCAUGGAGGAUGAGCUGACCAUGUACAGGACUGUGGUCUCUGACAUUUGCCUAGGCACAGGUUCUAUGCCCUGGCGACAAGGUUUGCUCAGAGGAGGCACAUACCAGCCCUUUUCGAGUGAGGAACUCCCAGACUCUUGGGACAACCUUUUUCAAGAUGAGGAGACUUCGAAGUGGAAUUGGACAGCUUCACAUCGAGAUCCUCCGUCCCGCAUUUUGCGCUUUGACAAUGACUACAACGAAUGGGAAAACUCUAUACGGUUUAUCUGGGAAGACAUGGUAGACCCAAACGUGCCCAUCGAAGUUGUCAUCGUGCGGCCAGAGCCUCCCCAGCAUCCACAUAGAGGAACUAUGGCCACGGUCAUUGUGCAUCAAAAUUUGCGACCGGACAGGGCAGCAUGUCUUGUGACCGCGGUCCACAUCAUGGAUCCGACCACUACCUUUCAGCAUACUGCACAUUCCAUGGAGCUACAGAUGUCCCCAGCACGAAUCUUUCAACUUGCUAGAGUUGAUCAAAUCUGUCAGCAACGUCAACGUCAAGGAGCUGGUCGCUGCACGCUGCAUAUUGGACAUCAUCGACAUCUUGACCAUCAAUUUGUUGCGACCUCUCAUGGAUUGGGCAUGCAUAUACGUAUUCCCACCACGCUCACGGAUUUUGAAGCCGAACAAAAUCUGCUCAGAAGAAUCCAACAACAGCGACGAGGAAGAAGAGGAGAUCCAUGGGACCCUGCAGAUCAUCAGGAUAUUCCGCCUGAGAAUACGCACCCACCUAUUGAUCCAUCCUCUGCACAUCCGGAAGAUGAAGUUUCCUUCAUGGGCAGAAGACCAAGAAGGCUACACAGCAUUGUCGAAGUAUCAUCUUCAACAUCGCCUGAAACCAUCUCUUCAACGGAAUCCUCCACAGACUGGAGACAGACAGUCAUCUUCACCCUGGAUGGAAUGUCGACGUCUGCUCAAUUGCCUUGGCAUGAUAUGGACCUUCUGUAUGAACAAGCUGCAGUUGCACUUGAGUUGAACAGAAGAGACAUCCUACGUGUUCAAGCAGUGCACAGACCUCUGGACUACAUCCAGGUGAAUUUGUACAGUAUGAUUCUCCAACGGGCACAUGAAUUCCGACCUAAUCCAUAUGUCCGUUUGACACUUGUGGACAUGGAGCUGCACGUUGCCAAUGAGAUUCAAUCGUCGCCCUUUCGGCGCUACCCCAAAUGGCUGCCGUAUGUAGCCGACAGGGAAGCACUGGUGCAGACACUUGGACUGGAAUCAUUGUGCUCCACACAGGAAAGCCCAUGCCACAUUUGGCGCAACAAUGUCAUUCUGGACACGGAUCCGAGAACAAGACUGCAUAUUUCUGAUGGCGACUACAUCAAAGUCUAUGUUGGGGACAUUGACAAUCUUGACAUAUGCCUCUCUGACAUCGACAUUGAGUCCCCAGAAGAACAACUUGAAAGCAGCCCUCUCAACGAGGAUGAAGAAGAGACGGCCCUUUUUCAACGAGCAGCAAUUGCUUUGCAAAAAGCAUGUUCUGACACUUGUGUUGCCCUACAAUCAGCACAACCUCAACCUGCAGCAGAACAUGUUAUAUCCACACGCCGGCUUCAAGUCAAUACCUGGCGAAUUGCUCCACAACAUGAAAGAUCAGGACCACCCAUUGGAUCAUAUCCUCAGGGAGUACCUCCGCCACCGCAGAGAGCCUUCAAUGCCCAGCUCCACUUUGAUGAUCGCAGACUCUUUGCUCAUUUGUUUGCAACCACCUCCAUCAUUGAAUGUGAAGACGAAGGCCCCAUUGCUUACAUCGAAACGUGGUACAUCCAUCAUCAAAUCCACAGGAGAUGCACGGAACCAGGAUCUGUACGUAUCAGACAUGACUCUCCAAGCUGGAUUGAGGAUAUUAUUGAACCUUGGGCCACUACCCUUGUUCCUGAUUUGGAAGUCACAAUUCACUUGGUGAAACCACAGCCUCCCCGCACCAACAUGGAGUGCAUCAUGGCACAUUUGAUUUUGGAGCAAUCCACACGUGUGGCGCACACGGUUGGGAUGGUUUCGACAAUGAUGUCUGAGACUCACAGAGGACCCUUUCAUCACAGUGCAUACUCUCUUCCUGAUAUCAUGAAUCAAGCUUACGUUUUACGACAAGCUGGUCUUCAAGAAGUAUGUCGGGAUGGACGUUGCAGAGUCAGACUGGGGAACAUCCCAUUUGGCCUUUUUGAUUGGGAUGAAUUCCCCCGUGCUAGCAGCCUGACCAUCCAUCGAGAGCAAUUCUCCUUCUCCUCACAUGCAGAUUCUCAUGAAGUUUUGGAUUUAAUGCAAAGAACAACCAUGAGAUGGAGGCGUCGAGGCACCGACCAGCAUGGCUCGAGCGCACAACAACCAGGCGGUGGAUGUCUCAACUUUGCCUUCAAUCCUCAUGCAAUGCCAUUUGAUCCAGCGACUCCAAACUUAGCGUCUGUACCUGAGAAUGUACAAGAGCUGCACCAACUUUGGAGCCGAACUGCAUUCUCAUGGCAGGGAGAGGAAGCUUCUACAAUUGUCAUGACAUGGCUAGUCGAUCAAUAUCAUCCUGGCCUACGCACUUGCUUGCAACCGCGACCAGUACGACUUUUUGCAGAUUUUCGUCAGUGGACGGCGCAACUCCGCAGUGCAUGGCCCGACAGAGCUAUCAAUGGUGCUCCCAUUCUCCUUCAUGUUGUUGCACCACCACCGCCAAACAUGCAGCACAAUGUGGCAGCCCAUGUGAUCCUGGUUCAAAACCCGCAGGACAGUCUGUCAUCGGCUCUUUUUACCGGAUUUGAUGGGUCACUUCCACAACCUGGACCGUUCAUGCAAAUGGCUGCCACUACCCAUGAGCAUUUUCGCUUGGAUCAACUUCUUGUAUUCAUUGGUUUAGGAGCAAGAUGUGUUUUUCCUGGAGCUACAAUGAUUUGCAGGGCGUGGUACGAUUUGGUUCAGAUUCAGAUGGACAGACCAUUUCCUCUUCGAGAUGGACAUGGUAUCAUCAUACAUCUCAGCCCGGGGCCAGUUCAGCCACAGCUCAGGGUCGGACGCUCAUUACUACAACGUGGUCAUCAAAUUCAUGCAAAAGUGAAAAUUGAAGACCUUGACACAGAGUCUGUCUCUUGCGAGCGCCAAACAGCUGAUACGGUGGCUCACGAUCAGCGGCCGCAAGACAGACUAGAGAUCUUUCCACAGGUUGGAGAACGCCGACCCCAAGACUGGACGGAUCCUCAACAACGAACUAUUGUUCAAGUGGUUUACUCCCACUGGAAUACCACAACCAUCAUGCCGCCGACAUACCUGGAACUCAACUCCAUCUAUUCAGCUGCAGAUGUUGAGCAGGAACUACGUAACUGGGGCUUCCAGUACAAAAUUUUCCUUUGCGGUGAACAUGACACGGUUUUUGCUCUUUCACAACAAGAAGCCUUGCGCGAUCACAUCUAUGUGUACUGUGCGGCCGAUUGCACCUUGAGUGAGCCUGUUUUUGUGAACAUCACUGACAAAGAACUUCAUGAACAACAACAUAUGCGAUAUUUGCAUUCCAGAGGCUACCACAAAGCGGUGAUCAUGCAGACUGAACCCUGGAUGGAGAAGCUGCAGUGCAUCCACUUUCUUGAUGUCCAACCAGACCAAGCAGAACUCUUGCGUGACCCACGCCUACGCACUCCAUGGCCGGCACGCCAAAUGCAACAGUUGACAUCAACCACUUUGAUCCAUACCGAAGUAGCUGAUCAGUCCGGCCGAUCAACCUGCCACAUCCAAUUUGACACCCAGGAACUCCGGGCAUUCAUGGAGGCAUCCAAUGACAUCUUGUGGAAAGACCACUCCCUUUUUGACCUUCCCGAGUUCAUCAGAGUGGCUCUGGAUCGAUGUCAGCCUGUCCAGCGAAUUGAUCGAUAUGUCAUUUUCACUGACGGAUCGUCUCAAGCAGUGCAUCGACAUCGUCCACCACUUUGGGUUGCAGACAAUGAUGUGAGCGAUUCCUGGGCCUUUGCGGUCUUCGCUGAGCAGUACGCUGAGGACGACACGGCAGACCCUACAUUGGAAUUUCUGGGCUGGACAUGUCAGCAAGUGAACAUGCAAAGCUUCACCUCCAUCCUACGACACCUGUGGAUGGCUGUAGCCAGCACGCCUGACCUACCACUUCUACAUGAGGAUGGCUUUAGUGUCCCACCUUUUGCACUCCCCAUCAGAACCACAGCAAAGGCACCAGAGGCACCUGCUGCCCAAGUUCUCACCCGCUACACCAUCAGUUGCGGGACUGCGAACGUUAGAACAUUUUACAGAGGGGAACAAGGUCACCCUGGAAAGCUUCAAUAUGUCCGAGAACAAUUCCGUGCAUCUGGUCUUCAUUUCAUUGGAAUACAAGAAGCUCGCACAGAUCCAGGUACCUCCCUUCAAGACAAGAUCUAUCGUUUGGCGAGUGGACAUGAAGGAGGGCAUUUUGGUGUGGAAAUAUGGAUCAAUCUGAUGCAACCGUAUGCCUAUCAAGGUCGCCAUCCCAAACACUUUCAGCGGUCUGAUUUUGUCGUGGUUGACAGGGCGCCUCGCCAUUUGUUGGUCCAUGUAGUCAAUGAGGACAUGAGCUUUUGGAUCCUAUGUGCACAUGCACUGCACAGUGGAUCUCCCAGUGGUGAACGUGAAACAUGGUGGCACAUGCUUUCAGAAACCAUUCAAAGGCAUGCCCAACACGACCCGCUGGUCGUCAUGAUUGACGCCAAUGCUCGCAGUGGACCUGCUGAUCAUGUCCAUGUUUUUGGGAAUGACGACGUGGCCAAUACCAACACAGCUCAUUUCAGGGAGUUCUUGGAGGAACAUCAAUUAUGCAUUCCUUCCACUCUCACUCUACAUGAAGGACAUCAAACCACAUGGAUGCACCCAUCAGAAGAUGCGGAAUAUCGGAUAGACUAUGUCUUAGUCCCGAUUCACUGGGUGACAGACUGCACACAGUCCUGCAGUCUGGACCACCUCGAUCUGGGUCACCUGGGAGAUCAUCGUGCCAUGGCCAUUGAACUAUCAUGGCAAGAAGCUGGCCACAAGAUGAAAAAGAACCAGAAGAUCAAAUCCUAUGACCGAACAGGUAUCCUGACGGCGGAUUUGGCAAAAGGCCUUGAUGACUAUGCUCCGCUACCAUGGCAGGCUGACAUUGAGAACCAGGUGGACCACUUCAACCAGCAUGUGCUUGAAGUCCUGCAUCAACAAUGCCCAGCCAAAAGGCAAGGACCAAAGAAAUCCUACAUCUCUGAGCAGAUUUGGCAGCUUCGAGCCCAAAAGCUACGGCUCCAACGCACCGCCAAAGACAACAAGAAACGUCAGCAAAAGGAGUUCAUGACUCGACUUUUCCAACGAUGGGCAGGUCGAAUCGACAGUGACCGACAAGAACGAUCUGUACAAUUUGAAAAUUCUUUGGCAGCUCACGGCUUGAAAACACGCAUUGAGCUCUACCUCGUCUCCAGACAGCUUCGAGGCGAAUUGACUGCUGCCAAGCGUGUGCAUGUCAAAGAGAUCAUCACGGCCCUUCCUCCUGAUUGUGCAGCUUCCACUAUACUCAACACCCUUAAGCCAGUGAUUGGACCGACGAAUCCGAAAUUACGUCGGACCUCACCACUGCCAUGGAUCUUGAAUGAACAAGGACAACCAUGUACAACCCCAACGGAGCUCACCGAUUGUUGGGCUGAAUUCUUUGGCACGAUGGAAGGAGGCCACAGAGUUAGUGCAUCUGAACUGCGUCAAGAUUGGAUUCAAGAUCUGAGCACCUUCAUGCAGAAGGACUUGGAGCUUCGUCCUGAAGAUGUUCCGACCUUGACAGACCUUGAACAUGCAUUCCGACGGGUUCGACCUCACAAAGCGGUAGGCACUCGACCGGGCGACCCUUUUGCGGACGUGGUGUUUGGGUACAUGUUCGCCCGUUUGCUGACUACGGUCGAACAGAAGAUGCAGGACCUUGACAUCUUGGAGACCAUCAAUGAUGUGAGUACACCUGGCCUCUUCCCGGACCUUCAUGCAGGGCCCAUGCAUCAGCACUCCAUUUUGGGGCCAACCUGGAUGGAUGACCUCUGUAUAACAGUGACGUCCACCACAGCCCAUGGAGUAGAACAUAAAGCAGGACUGGCUGCGAGUGUGCUGCUGGAGACGUGCAUGAAUCAUGGAGUCACUCCCAAUCUCCAGAAAGGGAAGACAGAGAUACUCCUAUCCUUCAGAGGACAAGGUUCAAGGGCACUCAAGCAGAAAUACUUCAGUCCACAACAAGGCCAGAGGAUGAUGAUCCUGACUGAGUACGGCACCCACUACAUUUCUGUCGUGGGCGACUACACCCAUCUUGGUGGCCUGACACACCACACCGGCACAUCUCGCAAAGAGAUGAGAAGACGCAUUGCCAUUGGCAACAACGCAUUCAAUCUCCAUCGAAAAUUGCUCUUUCAGAACCGGGCCCUUUCGGCCGACAAAAGAACCCAACUUUUCAUGACCCUCGUGACCAGCAAGAUAUCCUAUGGAACGGAAUCUUGGAUUCUGGACGAUGUCAGAUCCAAAACCUAUUUCAAUGGAGCUAUCCUUCGUCUUUACAGAAGGUUGUUGAAGUGCGCACCAGACAGUGCCAUUCAAGAUGAUGAAAUCCUUGUGCAGACCCAACUACCAGCUCCAGAAGAUCUUCUCCGGAUAUCAAGGCUGCGCUAUGUUGGACUGCUCUACCGCUGUGAAGAGGUCACGCCCUGGGCCCUCAUCCGAGCGGAUACACAAUGGAUCCAACAGAUCAAAGAGGAUCUACAAUGGCUCUGGCGUCUCGUUGAGCACACCACCAAAUUGCGCAAUCCAGAGGAACAUUUCCCUGCUUGGGAAUAUGUGCUCCGCUACCAUCGUAGUUACUGGAAGACUUUGCUUCAACGUGGACUUCAAUUGUCACAGCUCCAUCGACAAGAUGACAUGCUUCUACGUCGCCUUCAUCAUGACAUUCUUGGACACCUGGCGCACUGGGGACCGCUUCAAUUUGCACCAGUACGACCAAAUAUUCCAAUUGAACAUCAGACUGGCUACUAUGGUUGCAUGUCGUGCGGCAUUCGAUGCAAGUCAAAAGCUGGUGAGGGAGCACAUCUCUUCAAAGUCCAUGGUAUUUGUGCGCGAGAACGUGAUUUGCAACACCGGAUGAGAACAUGCAUCCAGACGUAUGACAUCAGUUGGACGCAAACGCAGCUCACCCUCCGACAUGUGCAUCAAGCGAUUUCCUUGUUAGAGGAGUAUGAUGCUGCGACACCACGGGCUACUGCACUAUCAGCGCUGGAGUUUCUUUUGGAGCCCUCGGCAUGGGGAUUUCUCACUGAGAUCCGGUAUGAGACUGCAGGCACAGAGCAUCUCCAUAACCUGGAUCUUUAUGAGCAAUGGUGCUGCGACUUGGCCACUGCCCCAUCACCGUGGAGACCAACCUUAACCUGCCCGCGACCAGUCUUUCGAGAACGAGUAGUCCUUCAUGCCUACUCGGGUCGAAGAAGGCCAGGGGAUUUCCAGUGGUUCCUUGAUGCUCUGGGUCGCCAGCAGAAAUUUGAAGGUUUUUAUGUAGUUUCCCUUGAUAUCGUAAUAGAUUCUACAUGGGGCGACAUUGGCAAUCAGAAGACACAAAGCUUCUGGCUUGAGUCGAUGCGUGCUGGCUUCGUGAUCGGGUUCCUCAGCGGGCCCCCCUGUUGCACAUGGUCCGUGGCGCGAGGGAAGCAUGUGGCUGGCUCGCACAGACGAGGUCCUCGAGUCCUUCGCACGGCAUCAGCACUGUGGGGCUUCCAUUCGGCCUCUCUUAAGGAGAAACGACAGCUCAUGGAUGGACAUCUACUCCUUGGCUUCAGCCUCAAGGCCAUGGUAGUCCUGUCCACCGUGGAGAGCUGUGGGGCUUUGGAGCAUCCGGCCGAACCAGCCGAUGAUCAAGCAGCGAGCAUUUGGCGGCUGCCCAUUGUCCAAAUGAUUGCCACUUUGCCAGGGUUUCGCCAUUAUGAAUUUGCGCAGGGAUUACUGGGAGCAGAUAGCGCCAAGCGCACGGGCUUGCUGUCUUUGAAUCUUCCUGACCUGCCGAAGUUCCUUCGAGCCAAUGCGGUAUGUGCCCACCUUCCACGAGCCCAAACCAUUGGCGUCGACGAGAAAGGCCAGUUUCGAACAGCGAAACUGAAGGAGUAUCCUCCUGCUUUAUGUAAAGCGUUAGCAGAGGGAUUUUUCUCACAUUUUCCACCACCCGAAGAGGUGGUGAAGGCACCUACCCUACCAGCAGAUUUUGUUGAGCGUUGCAGACACAUGACCUGCACAGCCAUGGGCACCAAAAUCGGUGCUGACUAUGCUGGAGGGUAG